AAAAGUAGGUCCUGCUGCCCGGCAGCAGGAGCCUGGACGGUGGCGAGGACUGUGUACUGGGCUCACUGGGUUCCCAACCAAGGCUGCCGUAGACCCGGGAGUGAGGCGAGUCAACUCAACGGGAUGUGCAGAUGGAUGCCGGAGGAGACACUGCUGCCCCAGACCCCGGAGACGCGGAGGACUUGGAGGACACACAGUUCCCCAGUGAGAAGGCUGGCGAUGGUGAAGGGGUUCGUGUGGACCCUGGAGACCAGGGCCUGGAGGGAAGAGGCUCUGAGACCAGGGAACAACCACCCAGCUUGUUGUCACCAUUGCUCCCAUCAGAGGCCCCAUCAUGCAACUGUGAACUCUGGGACCCUGCAAACUCUGAAAGCAAUUCCAUGGGGAUCCUUGAGAGUGACUCAGGAAGCCAGGGCGGGGACCCCAGUGACGAGGACUGGCGCAGCAAGCGGAAGCAUGUGUUUGUGCUAAGCGAGGCAGGCAAGCCCAUCUACUCAAGGUAUGGUAGUGUGGAAGCACUGUCAACCACCAUGGGUGUGAUGACGGCCCUGGUGUCCUUCGUACAGAGUGCUGGAGAUGCCAUCCGUGCCAUCUAUGCUGAGGACCACAAGCUGGUGUUUCUACAGCAGGGCCCACUGCUACUGGUGGCUGUGUCAAGGACUCCUCAGUCAGCAGCUCAGCUUCGUGGGGAGUUGCUGGCUGUGCAUGCCCAGAUCGUGAGUACACUGACUCGUGCCAGUGUGGCCCGCAUCUUUGCACACAAGCAGAACUAUGACCUCCGCCGCCUGCUGACUGGCUCUGAGCGCACCCUCGACCGACUUCUGGACAGUGUGGAGCGGGACCCAGGAGCCCUACUGCUGGGUGCUGUGCGUUGUGUGCCCCUUGCUCGAACCCUGCGAGAUGCUCUGGGUGCACUGCUACGACGUUGCACAGCACCCGGCCUGGCAUUGUCACUGCUAGCAGUUGGUGGUCGAUUAGUGACUGCAGCCCAGGAGCGGACUGUCCUGACUGAGUGCCGACUGGACCCUGCUGACCUGCAGUUGCUGCUGGACUGGGUGGGUGCACCAGCCUUUGCAGCUGGUGAGGCUUGGGCACCUGUGUGUCUGCCCCGCUUUAACCCUGAUGGUUUCUUCUAUGCCUACGUGGCCCGCCUGGAUGCUAUGCCAGUCUGCCUGCUACUGUUGGGCACUAACCCUGAGGCCUUCCACGACAUGGCCACCUGCCGGCGCCUGGUUGAAGAUGGUAUGCACACUCUUGGUGCCAUGCGUGCCCUUGCAGAGGCUGCCAGUCUCUCCAGUACACCAGCAGCCAGUGCCCCUGCCUACAGUGUGCAGGUUGUAGGGGCACCUGGCCUCCGACACUUUCUCUAUAAGCCACUGGAUAUCCCUGACCAGCAUCGCCAGCUGCCCCAGUUUACCAGCCCCGAGUUAGAGGCCCCCUAUAGCAGAGAGGAGGAACGUCAACGACUGUCAGACCUGUACCAUCGCCUGCACGCACGUCUGCAUAGCACCUCCCGGCCUCUGCGCCUCAUCUACCAUGUGGCUGAGAAGGAGACGCUGUUGGCCUGGGUGACCUCCAAAUUUGAGCUGUAUACCUGCCUCAGCCCCUUGAUCACCAAGGCGGGUGCCAUCUUAGUAGUGACCAAACUCCUACGCUGGGUGAAGAAAGAGGAGGAUCGGCUUUUCAUCCGUUACCCACCCAAGUACUCCACACCCCCAGCAGCCCCUACUGCACCUGUGGACCAAGCUACUCAUAAUGGUUUGCUCACUGGACUCUGAGAGAUGGAGUUCCUCUCAGUCUAAGAAAAGCUGAAAACUACUAACUUUGGCUUUUACCUUGUUUCUACCCUGGAAUUGGGGUGUGGAUUGGGGGUUGAUCCCUGUCCCCAAGAAUUGGGGUAAGAUCUGAGGCUAGCCCACAAAUGAGAGGUGGGUGGCAGUAUGACUUCAUCAUCUGGGGAGAAAGCCUUAGGCUUGACCUUUCCCUUCCCUCUCUGACACCUCCAUUUGGAUGAUGGUCUAACCUUGGUGGGGUGCAUGGUGGAGGUGGGGGUGGGAGGGAGGGGGGUGCCUUUCCUUCCAAACCUGAGGAUCAUACACACUGUCCUGCAUCAGGGGGUCUGACUCCUUGAUGGAAUUUCAGCACUAAGUAACAAGGGCUGCCUGAGGUCUCUAUGGGUGACCCAGAAGUGUUCUAGAAUUGGGAAUGCAGGGCUAGAUUGUGCUCAUAUCAACUAGAGGAUAUUAAAAACAAAGCAAAAUACUACAUGAAAAGCCUAAAACCAAUCCCCAUGAGGUCACUUCCUUUGCCCUUUUAUCUUCACUCUUACCCUUUCAAAUAUGACACCUAUCGUCCAAUAUUCAUGAGAAAGUUAACUUCAGUGUCCACCUGUCCAUCAACUGCACAAAGCAGCCAACUUUUACAUGGUGACUGAGAGUCAGACAUUUUACAUAGGAGGUGCACUUAGCUUCUAGAGGUCAUUUUACACAUCCAUGAAAUGGAGAAAGCUAACUUCUUGCAGGGUGUUACAUGGGAAUUUGUGAACUACCACAUAGCAUAUGCACAUGGUCCCAUGCAUUUACCACCAACGCAAUACGAGAAACCCAGGGAGGAAAGGACAGCCCUAGCUUUUAUAUAAGUGCACACGACAUUUCUCCCGAGUGACCAUGACCCUUAGUUCUGCCCUUGGUUUCUCUAAAUCGGAGCUUUAGGGUUUUUGUAGCACUAGUGCUGUACACCAGAGCCUGGGGUCGUCCAGAGCUAAAACCCUAUUGAUUGCUAACCCUAAGUGCGUGCUGUAGGCAUGCGCACUACGGAGCCUCACGUGAGUUGUUUGGACCAAUCGGGCCACCUGGGAAGAUGGCGGGCGAGAUGAAGCCUCAGAAAACGGAGCCACCAGGAGUCAUGGAGGAAGUGGAAGGUAGGGCAGGACGGAGGGAGCAUUCAGUUACAAUAGUGAAAUAUUCAUAACAGGACUUUUUCUUUAAAAUUCAAGUCUUUAUGAAAAAAAAAAGUACUGUUCACAGUGGCGAUGCCUAACACGCCUAUUUUCAUCAAGGUUGAUCCUUUGUCAUCAACUUUCUCAACUUAUUUUGCUUAAGUAUUUUAAAGUAAUCUAGUAGACUAAAAUACUCCAAUAUGCAUCUCUUCAAACAAAGCAAAACACAGGUGGGGAAGGUGAUGAUGGGUACACACAGUUGCUGCCACACAAAGUAAUCAUUCUGCAGUAUCUCCCGGCCCCAGUCCUACUUUGCAUGAGCUGCCACUCACCCCCCAAAAGCAGCUCUUCUCCACCCCGUGACAGGAAGAAACACAAUUUGCUCUAGAGGCAGAAAUUGUACUCUAGCUCCAAAGAAGAAAAUCUCCAAAGUCAGUGGUCCACUAUUUUAUCACUAACUUCACACACACACACACACACACACACACCCCACACAGUCAGUGGUCCACUAUUUUAUCACUAACUUCACACACACACACACACACACACACACACACACACACACACACACACACACACACCACACACACACACACAAGAUUUCCCAGAAUGUACCGAAGUACAGAAAGUAGCAUGACGAAUGAAGGCUUCUGUAACUGCCACUGUUUGUGCAGUUGUCACUACUCUGCGGUUUUGUCUAUCUCCACUGCCACCCCCUCCCACACACAAACUUCCUGCACAUUGAAGCGGCCGCCUUAAUGAAUAUUUGGGAUGACAUCUUCCCAGAUUUACCUAUGCAGACGUCAGUGAAAACUUGACUGAUUUGUUGUCUAUUUUCAGAUGUGGUCUCUAGGACAGACUUGUUUCCCCCCAGUACCUAAAACAGUGCCUGACUGGCAUAUAGUAGGUGCUUAGUAGCUUUGUUGUUGUAUAAAUAAUGAAAGGACCUGGGAGUCGGGUGGUAGGUAGCGCAUAGGGUUAAGUGCAUGUGGCGCAAAGCGCAAGAACCGGCUUAAGGAUCCCGGUUCGAGGCCCCGGCUCCCCACCGGCAGGGGAGUCGCUUCACACGCGGUGAAGCAGGUCUGUAGGUGUCUGUCUUUCUCUCCCCCUCUCCGUCUUUCCCUCCUCUCACCAUUUCUCUCUGUCCUGUCCAACAACGACGACAUCAAUAACAACAACAAUAAUAACUACAACAACAAUAAAAAAAGACAAGGGCAACAAAAGGGAAAAUAAAUAAAAUUAAAAGUACUGCAUAAUGAAAGGAUCUUAAGGCAGAGAACUUUCUUAGAUUAUAAUCAUACAAUUGGGCCAACUUUUUAAGAAAGGAAAUAAGGUGAAAGUAAGACAUCAUUUUUAAGCACUUAAGGUAGUUAGCACUAUAGUAGAAACUAUUUUAGUAUCUAAUAUUUAAAUCCAUCAAAACUGAAGUUAGGAUUAAUUUAACUGUCAAUGGAGAAAACUGAAAGAUAUAUCAAGAUGCCAUUUUUAGCCCAUCAAAAUUGACUUUAUACAGGGAGGAGUAAUAUCUAGUAUUGAUUACUUGGGGUAUAGGUCAUCUCUUACUUCAUUGGGAGAACUGACCAGUAAAGAAUUUGUUAGGGGGCCAAGGUGGUGGUGCACCUGGUUAAGCACACACAAGAACCUGGGUUCAAGCCCUGGUCCCCAUCUGCAGGGAAAGCUUCACAAGUGGUGAAGCAGGGCUGCAGGUAUCUCUAUAUCUCUUUCCCUCUCUAUCCCCCCCCCCCCCAAUUUCGCUGUCCUAACCAAUAAAAAUGAAAAAUGGCCACCAGGAGCAGUGGACUCAGUGCUGAGCCCCAGCUAUAAUAGAGGGAAAAAAAUAAAGAAUUUGCUAGAAGCAGUAUGGCAGAGUACUUUUAGGAUGUGUGUUAUUUCAUGUCUUCUGUCAUCCUAGUAGGCAAUCAGAGAACACACAGAUUUGUGGACCAGGAACCCAAGAAGUCACAGAAAUGGUUAAGAUAUAUCCAUUCAUGUUAUGGAAUUUUUAUGUGGUGGUCAUUUUCUGUAAGGGGCAAAAAGAAAAAACAUAUAAUACUAUAUAAUUAGAAACUAGAAAUUUUCAAGGAGACAUAUUUGGGGAGGAUAAAAUAUUAACAUUGAAUCAAUAUUAAAAUCCUUAUUUUGAUGGCUACUGGUUACUGAGAGAGUUCUCUUGUAUAUAGGAAAUAUACACUGGAAUAUUAGGGAAUAGGCCAUGAUGCCCAUAGUUAAGGUAUGGAAAUGCUUACAAAUGGAAACUUGAUGCAAGAACAAAUAAGAGCACUUUGGCCUACUUCUAUAACUUUUAUGUAUAUCUGAAAUUAUUUCCAAAUAAAAGCUUUGAAAAGGA